AUGGCCUUGGGAGUUUCAGAAGAGGUGUUGUAUAUCUUCGUUCCAACGAUCGUAUAUUGGGCGUAUUCGGCUAUGUAUGCGAUGCUAGGCGACAUGGAGAAAUACAGGCUGCAUCCAAAAGGAGAUGAAAAUAAGAACGUAGUGUCAAAGACCACGGUCGUUAAGGGUGUUCUCAUGCAGCAAGCGUUGCAGAUUACUGCAUCCCUCCUCUUGAUCUUGUUCAUCGGCGACGCUUCCGGCAACAUCCGACCCCAACCUUCUCUCUUCAGGAUGUCAUGCCAGUUCCUUAUCGCAGCAGUAACACUCGACACUCAGCAGUACUUCAUGCACCGAUUCAUGCACUGCAACAAAUUCCUGAGCAGGUUCCACUCCGCUCACCACAACCUCAUCGUCCCCUACGCCUAUGGCGCCGUCUACGGGCAUCCCCUCGAGAGUCUCCUCCUCGAGAUCUCUGGCGGUGCCCUCGCCAUCUUGGUCUCCGGCAUGGCUCCUCGGACCGCCAUGUACUUCGCUUCUUUCGCUACGAUCAAGGCUGUGGACGACCACUGUGGGCUGAUGAUCCCCGGGAACCUCCUGCAGAGGUUGUUUAGGAAUAAUUGUGCUUAUCAUGACGUUCAUCAUCAGCUGUACGGAAACAAGUACAAUUUCUCGCAGCCUUUCUUUGUGGCUUGGGACAAGAUUAUGGGGACUUACAUGCCCUUUACUGUUGAGAAGAGGGAGGGAGGGGGAUUUGAGGUCACGCCCUUUGUGAAGCAGGCUUAA